AUGCUCUUUACCAAGUGUUUGAUGUCGUUGGGAUUACUUCCUCUGUUCUAUGGAGUAAUCGCUAUUGAUACCACCACCAUCAGAACCACGUCUGUGUCUACUUCGUUCGUUUGUCCUGAGUGCUCUACACUGUCUGUGGAAGUUACGACGUCGAGUAGUGAUUGCAGUAAGUCCAGUCCUAGUGUAAGCGCUAGCAGCUCUCGCCUGACGAGCGUUAUUAGUUCAGAUGUUCUUUCUACGUCCUACGUUAGCCAAGAUAGUGCCACAACGGCAUUUGAAUCGACAGGCGGUGAUAGUAGCGGGACGUCACUAUGUUCCACGAGUGACUCAAGCGCGGUCUUCAAACCUUCGACUACGACUAGAACCGAGAUUUCUUGCCCAAGGCCGUGUACCUUGACCACUCCCACGAGCCUGACAGCUUCAAGCAGUCCAAACUCUUCCAGCAGUCUAAGCUCUUCCAGCUCUUCCAGCUCUUCCAGUGCUUCCAGCUCUUCCAGCAUUUCCAGCAGUCUGAGCUCUUCUAGCAGUCCAAGUACUUCGAGCUCUACCAGUAUCCUAAGUACUUCGAGCUCUUCCAGCAAAUCUUCCAGCCUGUCAAGCAGUUCGAGCCUCUCUAGCACUUCGAGCUCUGCAAGCUCGGCAAGCUCUGCAAGCUCUGCAAGCUCUAUUAUUAUUCCAAGCACGUCGAGCAUCCCAAGCACUUCGAGCAUCCCAAGCACUCCGAGCAUCCCAAGCUCUUCCAGCAUCCCAAGCUCUUCCAGCAUCCCAAGCUCUUCCAGCCUUUCAAGCAGUUCGAGCCUCUCUAGCUCGUCUUCCGGCCUUUCAAGCUCGUCUUCCAGCCUUUCAGGCUCGUCUUCCAGCCUUUCAGGCUCGUCUUCCAGCCUUUCAGGCUCGUCUUCCAGCCUUUCAGGCUCGUCUUCCGGCCUUUCAGGCUCGUCUUCCAGCCUUUCAGGCUCGUCUUCCGGCCUUUCAAGCUCGUCUUCCGGCUUUUCAAGCUCGUCUUCCGGCUUUUCAAGCUCGUCUUCCGGCUUUUCAAGUUCGUCUUCCGGCUUUUCAAGCUCGUCUUCCAGCCUUUCAGGCUCGUCUUCCGGCUUUUCAGGCUCGUCUUCCGGCUUUUCAGGCUCGUCUUCCGGCUUUUCAAGCUCGUCUUCCAGCCUUUCAAGCUCCGCGUACACACCAGAAAUGUCCAGUUCCACAAGCUCUGCCUCCACCACUCCGCCAACAAAUAUGAGCGUCUCAUCGCCAAAAAGUUCAUAUUCUACAAUUGCUCCCAAAGGAUCUGACACUCUCCCCAGUCUCGUUAGUCACACGCUGACCACUACCUGCUCCACAACAUGGGAAACGGAAAGUUGCAGUUGCUCAACAGCUAACAACAAUGCUUUUACCCCACACGUUCACUUUUCUAGCUCCACACUUUCUACCAGCCACUCUAAAAUAACCUCCAACGCAACCACAAGCUCGAGCACUUCUGAAUCUUCAGGUCCCACGGAAACUCUCAGUCAUAUUUCUCGCACGAAUGAAUUAGACAGCAAAUCAUUCGGCCACAGCACCGAGCGCUAUCACGCAACUGACUCUUCGACACUUGUCAUCCCAACUUUCGACAUAUCGAGCGUUGCAUCCAGCUCAACAGCCCUCAUUCGCAGCAGUGUAAGCUUCUUCAGCUCACAUACUAGCAUACAGUCCUCUGACGCUUCCACCGGGCUUGACGUAAACACAACGAUAGCCUCGUUUCCUACGCCCAAGGUUCCUUCCAGCACCACAGUCAACACUCCCUCAAGUGCAGAUACCGCAACUUCUCCAUCAAGCGCUGCGUUGAUGGCAAAUUCAUCUACAGCCUCGUUCAUUGUGUUCGACUCUUCCUCCUCGAAUGCCCCUGCCCCAUCUUUUUUCACUUCUGCCGCUCCCAGAUCCUUCACCACGUCCUCUUCAGUUGCUACAAUAGCCUACACAGGCGGUGCUAAUCGUCUACGCUUCCCACACUUCCUUAUAGGAUGA